GAAGAAAUGGCAGUAAACCUGUGGAACUGGGCAGUUACCAGAAGAAUAGGUUUGUUUAUGAGUGAAGAGCAGACAGUUAAACUAUGUCAUGUUGCUUGCAAAUUGGUGUGUAUGUGUGAAGUCUCAGUUGCUUCAGAAGAAGCUCUUCGAAGACAGAUUUUGAUGAAUAUGAGAACAGGAAAAGGGUGGGUGGAUGUUGGAAAUGCUUUGAUCGCUGAUGAAUUUUUUCAAGCUGCCAUGGCUGGUCUGGAGCAAUUAUAUGUCAAAUUAGUGCAGAGGAGCUACUCUGAGGACCACUUAAUCAUGCAGAAGACUGCUGUGGAGAAUGACCUCUUCAAAGUGCUUUCUUACCAAGCAGAAUCAGCAGUUGCUCAAGGGGAUUUUCAAAGAGCAUCUACAUGUGCAUUGCGUUGUAAAGAUAUGUUGAUGAGGCUUCCCAAAAUGACAGGAUAUCUUCAUGUUCUCUGUUACAACUUCGGAGUAGAAACCCACAAGCAUAAUAAAUAUCAAGAAAGUUCUUUCUGGCUUAGCCAAAGCUAUGAUAUUGGGAAGAUGGAUAUGAAUUCUGUUGGGCCAGAAAUGCUGGCUAAAGUUCUACGGUUACUAGCUACUGCCUAUUUGGAUUGGGAUGACAGAGAAUAUUAUGAAAAGGCCCUCAGCGCUAUAAUCCUAGCAAACAAGGCACAUUUAAAUCCAGCUGGGCUUUUCUUAAAGAUGAGAAUCCUCUUGAAAGGCGAAACACCUAAUGAAGAACUCCUUGAAGCUGUCAUGGAAAUACUACAUUUUGAUAUGUCUUUAGACUUCUGUCUGAAUAUUGUUAAACUGCUGAUGGAUCAUGAAAGAGAAUCUGUUGGAUUUCAUUUCCUGAAGACUAUCUGUGAACAUUUUAAGUCAUCAGAAAAUAUUGGGAAAGCUGUAUUGUUCCACAUCGACAUGCUUUUACAAAGGAAAGAAGAAUUGCUUGCCAAGGAGAAGAUUGAAGAAAUCAUUAUGGGUCACCAAACAGGAAGUCAACUGACAACAGAAUUAGCAGGCUGGUUACAAAACAUUCUGUGGAACAAAGCUGCCAGAAGUUUUGAGGUCCAAAAUUAUGCUGAUGCCCUACAAUGGUACUAUUAUUCUCUGACGUUUUAUGGAUUUGGUCAGCUAGAUCUGGAUUUAGCCAAGCUGCAGAGGAACAUGGCUUCCUGUUACCUGCAUUUGAAACAACUUGAUAAGGCCAAAGAGGCAGUGAUGAAAGCUGAAAGACAGGAUCCUACAAAUGUUUUCACUCAAUUUUAUAUGUUCAAGAUUGCAGUCUUGGAAAGCAACUCUGACAGAGCUCUUCAGGCAAUCACUACUUUAGAGAGUUUAUUAACAGCUGAAAAGCCAGAAGAUAAUGAUCUACUUGAAGAUAGAGGUUCACAUACUAUGCUCCUAAAUUUAGCUGCCCAGUUUGCUCUAGAGAAUGGACAAGCCAUUCCAGCAGGAAAAGCCCUGGAAUAUUUAGCUCAACAUUCAGAAGACCCACAACAAGUUCUUACAGCUUUGAAAUGUCUGUUUCGUCUUGUUCUUCCACAAGUUAAUCAAACUCCAGGUUCUGAAAAUAAAAAGAAGGAAAUGGGUAGACUUUUGGCUUGCUUGAAUACAGCACUCCUGACACUAGCCCAGGCUUUUGAUGGAGAAUCUUUGACAUUGGAUUCCAGAGCUAAUGAAGCUCAUUGGUUUCGAAAAAUAGCUUGGAACUUGGCUGUGCAAUCUGACAAAGACCCAGUAACAAUGAGAGAGUGUUUCAUGCUUUCUUAUGAGCUGUCCCAGUUUUGUCCUUCUGAUCAAGUAAUUCUGAUUGCACAGAAAACAUGUUUACUUAUGGCAGCUGCAGUUGAUCUAGAGCAAGGACGAAAAGCUGCAACAACUUUUGAACAGACCAAGUUACUGAAUCGUGCACUUGAGCAAACCCAGAAAUGCAAAGACAUCUGGAAUCUUCUGAAACAAACAGGGGACUUCUCACAAGAUCCAUGUGAAACAUUGCUUCUGUUAUAUGAGUUUGAAGUUAAAGCCAAAAUGAAAGAUCCAUCACUGGACAGCUUCCUGGAAUCAGUGUGGGAACUGCCUCAUUUAGAAAGUAAAACAUUUGAAACAAUCGCAUUAUUAGCCUUGGAAACGCCUGCAUACUAUCCUUCUAUCGCUCUCAAGGCCUUGAAAAAGGCUUUAUUGCUCCACAAAAAGAAAGAAUCAAUUGAUGUUUUAAAAUACAGCAAAUGUAUGCACAUCUUGAUUAACCUUUCAGUGCCAGAUGGGACAUCAAGUGCAGAGCUCUGUCCCAUGGAAGAAGUUUGGGGAUAUUUUGAAGAUGUUCUGAGCCUUAUUAGCCACACUGAAGGCUACCCAGAAAUAGAGAUUCUCUGGCUGAUGACCAAAUCCUGGAAUACCGGAAUACUUAUGUUUAACAGGAGCAAGUAUGUGUCUGCUGAAAAGUGGUGUGGCCUGGCAUUGCGUUUCCUUCAUCACCUUGGCUCCCUCAAGGGAAACUAUGAGACUCAGAUGAAUGCUCUAUAUAGUGAGCUCAUGGAAGUAUUAGAUAAAAAGAAGGGUUCUCUUUUUAAUGGAGAGUGAGAAUUACCAGAGCAAAGUUUCUGAGCAGGCAAGCUCACAGCACUUGAAGAAGAUGUAUUGUCCUGAACUGCUGAAUAUUUCAAUUUUUGCCAUUUUCUCUUUGAGCUUUUGUUUCUGUUUUCUCAUGCCAUGUUCUCAU